AAGCAUACAAAUUGCUCAAAACAAAAUCAUCAUCAGCUCAUACUAAUAUUCUUCCAAAAUUUAUAAUCAAUCAAUCAACAACUAAGCAAUGGCAUUUAUAACUCUGUACCCAGCUGUAGCUGCAUUGGCCCUUUUUAUUGUCGGUGUCAUAAUGAUAAUUUUACGUUUUGGUCCACGCUUAUGUGGACUGCGCCAUCAUGCUCUGCCCGACAGGGAAGAUUGGCAGGGACGAGCUUAUGAACACGAAAUCAGCUAUGCCUAAUAACAAACAAUUUUUUCUCGAAAAAAAUUUCUUCAAACUAUUUCGUUCAUUUUAUAGAUGAAUACAUUUUUUUUAUCGAUUAGUCGAUUAGUUAAGAAUGUUUUAUUACACUAUAUUAUUAUUAUAUGCCACAUAAAUCUUUCAACAUUGGAUUAUUAAGUUAAGGUAUCCACAGUUGGCAUUUGAAGAAUUUCAGAAUACUCUCAGUGAAAUGGUUGGUAGUAUAGCUGGCAGAAUUAGACUCCUUGAGAAGUUAAGCAGCAUAACUGGCAGCUCUCUUAGAUGCUUAGCUCGCUGGUAUAUAGAGUUUAUAUCAAAUAAGAUGAGUAAAGAUAAGCACUAUUCAAUUUCCAUAACUAUUGGCUUCAAAAUUCUUCAAGUUCUAACCGUGAACCUUAUUUUCGAGUGCCUUAAUAUAAGAGUUUCAUUCCAACACUAUGUGUAUUACAUUCUAAACUGUUUGUGUAGCUUUUUUA